CACACUCUCAAACAACAUAAUAUCCAAAAUCCACAAAACAUGUCCGCCAAGCUCAUCACCAUUGUUGGUGCCACCGGCAAACAGGGCAAAGCCGUCAUUGCAGCCUUUCAAGGCAACCCGGCAUAUAAGCUGCGUGGUAUUACCCGGAACCCCAAUAGCGACGCCGCCAAGGCCCUUGCCCAGCAGAACAUUGAGGUAGUCAAGGCCGAUCUCGAUGAUCUCGACUCGAUCAAGACGGCCUUUGCCGGCUCCCACAUCAUUUUCGCAGUUACCGACUUCUACGAACCCUUCCAGAAGUUUGGCCCCGCCAGGGCAAAGGAGAUUGAGUUCACGCAUGGCACAAACAUGGCCAAGGCCGCUGCCGCCACGCCCACGCUCGAGCACUACAUCUGGAGCACACUGAUCAACGGCACCAAAGAAUAUCCAGUCCCUCACUUUGAAUCCAAAUACAAUGUCAACAAAUUCAUUGAGGCUGAUGCUGCAUUACUGGCUAAGAGUACAUUCCUUGUGGUGUGCUUCUACGCCGAUAACCUGGCUCUCUCAUCGUUCCGCCCCCAGUGGGUUGAGUCUGCUAAGAAAUACGUUCAGUUCACAACAUACCCACCCGAGACGCCUAUCCAGUUCAUUGGCGAGGUUACCAAGAACGUUACACCUUUUGUAAAGUCAAUUGUGGAAAAGUCUGAUGAGACAAAGAACGGUACCGUCGUCGUCGGCAGCAUUGGUACGACCACUUCUCAAGAGUGGCUUGACCUUUGGGCCAAGGCCAAUAACGUUGAAGCUCACCAGGUCAGAGUUUCCCGGGAAUUGUACGAUGCUAUCUGGCCUCAUCCUAGCUGGGCAGAGGAGUUUGCACUCAUGAUGGACUUUUUCGAACAUGUCCCAGUUCAGGAUUGGCUGGACCCUGGUCAAAAGGUCAUGACUGCAGAGCAUCUCGGAAUUGGCGCCGAGUUGGAGACCUUGGAGCAAUGGGCAAAGGCAUACAAGCUUCCUGAGUUAUAAAUGAAUUUUAUAGAGUUUUAUUUUCAUAGAUUUAAUUAAUAUAUUUAUAGACAUAGGCUCCUGACAUACCCUGUUUGUGAUGAUAUGAGCCAUUUGCUGCAACCAACUGAGCUCGUAACUUAGAGUCUAACUAGGUUAACAUGCCCAUGCAACGACGUUACAGUACAACCAGCCUUAAAAUAAUAAAAAAUUAUAUCAUUCCGUUUUUAAGCUUUAGAAUACGAUUAUAAGAUAAAUUUAGGAAUUAUCAUUAGUAUGAACAGUUGGCUACUUUGCUAGUCGGUGAUGCUAGCCAUGUCGUUAUAGAAUGAAGC